CCAGGACCUGCCAGUAUGCGUCAGCUCUCGGCUCUCCGCUGUGCCCGGAGGACGCUGGCCUCCCAGACAUCGGGGGAGCUCCGGGUGACCCGAGUCCUGCAGGAGAAGUUCCCUCGGGCGGCCGCUAUCCGCGUCACGGACAUCUCAGGGGGCUGCGGGGCCAUGUACGAGAUCCACAUCGAGUCGGAGGAGUUCAAAGACAAGCGGACCAUCCAGCAGCACCAGAUGGUGAACAAGGCCCUGAAGGAAGAGAUCAAAGAGAUGCACGGCCUCCGGAUCUUCACCUCCAUCCCGAAGCCCUGAAGGCCAGGGCCAGGGCUGGGCUACCCCGCGGCCUCCACUGCUGGGACCACACUCUGGGAGGGGACGGACACUGUCCCCCUGCGGCCUCCU